CGACCGCCGGGCGGGCGAGCGCCGCGCCGGCGCCGGCGAAAUGGCCGGGCCGGCCCACGGCCGCUGCACGCUGUGCGACGUCGCUACGUCCGUCGAGGCGGAAGACGACACCAACUGCUCCGUGAGCUCCAUCGAGGACGACUUUGUGACGGCGUUCGAGGUGCUGGAGGACGAAGGUGGGAGCGGCGUGGAGAGCGACCCCAGGCAUGGCGGCGUUCACUGGCUGCAGGGCGGCGCUCCGGGCGGCGUGGAGGCCCCCGGACCCUCGGCCCGCGUCCCGGCCGUCCGGCCGCACGGCGGUCCCCUGGGGGGCCCCGGCGACGACUCGCAGUUGGCGGCCGGGUCGCGCUCGUCCCCCGAGCGUGGCACGGCGCCGCCCAGCGCUCCUGCUGCCGCCCCCGACCCCCGUGGCCUCGCGCCGCCGCCACCUGCCCGGCCGGGCGCCGCCGCCGCCGGCGCAGCAGCUGCACUUCUCCGCGGCGUCUCCUCUCCCGGGUCGAUGUUCCGGCGGCGCCGGCAACGUCGGCGGCGACGGCCGCUCGGACCAAAGCAUCCGGGGUGGAGGCGCCGACGCGGCGUUUCCGUCGCCCGGCAAGGAGCUCGGCGACUCGUCCGGCUCCGACGUGGAGCCGCAGGGGCCGUGUUCCGACUCGGAAGUCGAGACUGGGAGGCCGUCGUUCCUCAAGGACGCCGCCGCCGCCGCACGCGAGGAGGAGGCGGCGUCCGAGACGGAGGAGUCGAACGGCUCGAGCCCCAGCCCCGUCAUCUUCCUGGACGAGGAGGGAUACGAGCGCAGCAUGCGCGCCGAGAUCCACGUGCCCAGCAUCCCCGCGCUGCUCGGCCACGACAUCGAAGACUCCGACUCGGAGCUCGGGGAAUUCUUCGACAGCCGCGAGCGCUUCGGGACGCCGGACGGCACGGGCGGCGAAGGCGGCGCGGGGGCGAAAGACCGGCGCCUGCCGGCUCCGGGGCGUGGCGCCCCCAAUCCGCGGCGUUUCGAUCGCUCCUUCCCACCGGCCGGGCUGCGGAAGCCGCUGCCCCGGAAGCCGACCGACGCUCCGGGUUCGCCCGUCGUGGGUCUCGUCGGGGGCUCGCCCACGCCGCCCCCCGCGGGCUUCGCCGACGGCCGGGACCCGUCUCCCCGGCCGGCGCUGCCGUCGCAGCAGCCGGAGUGGAAGCGCGCGUCGGCGUUCACGCCUCCCAACGUGCGAACCGGCGGCGGCGGCCCCGGUGGCGCCUCCACCGUGGCCGACUUGGCCACACAGAUCUCGAGCAGAAUCUUCCAGUCGCUGGCGCCGGUGGCGCCGAGCGCCGGGCCCGGCGAGGGGGCAGAGGGCGGCCGGGCGGCCGAGCCGGCGCCUCCGGCCACGGCGGAGGAGAGCGAACCGAACUCCGUGUCGGCGCUCGCAAGCCACAUAUCCAGCAAUAUCAUGAGGUCGCUGUCGCGCGCUCACGGGGAGAAAGGCAGCGGCGGCCCCGUCCAGCGGAGAGGGAGCGACGCCGGCGAUUCUCCGUACUGCGUCGCGGGUGGCGGCGGUGGCGGCGGCAGGGCUAGGAACGCUACGACGGGCCCGUAUCAGCGCACCCGGCGCGAGGGCGACAAGUUGGCGAAGCUGGGCGAGUUUGCCGGGAAGCUGUCGUCCGCCGUGCUGGGCUCCGCCCUGUCGGGCCUCCCGACGGUAGCGGAGGCGCCGCCGCCGACCCGCAAGCAGCGGGAGGGCGGUGGCCGGCGGGGGCCGCACGGCCGCCGGGUUCGCUCGCGCAUCAAGGCUCCCGCCUCCUCCUCGGGGCGGUGCUGCUGGGCGGCGCCCGGAGAGCUGGCGAGCGUGAGCGCGAUGGCCGACGGCCUGGUCGGGGCCUGCUUUUACGACGCCAUUCACGAGGUGGCGUACGGGAGGAGGCGGGGUACGGCGCCCGCCCCACGCCGGGCCGCCGGUCUCGCCGCCGGGGCCGAGAGGCUGGCGUCGCUGGUGGACGGGGUGGUGAGGGGCGCCAUGCUGAGCGCGAUGCAGGCCCUGCCGGACGCCUGGCACGGCCUCUACCUGGGCGCCGUGGUGCAGUUCUCGGGGGAGAUGGCCGAGCAGGCCGUGUUCGAGGCCACCAUGGAGGCGAGCCACCUGCCGCACGAGGGCCGCGCGUGGAACGCCGGCGGCGCCGUCGUGGACGUGUACUCGUCCGACCUGGCCGAGUCCGUGCUGCAGGAGGCCUUCAUCGGCCUCUCCUGCUCCGCGAGCACAUUCCCCUCUCAGGCGGCCAUCAGCAUUUCCUGCAACGGCCAAGUGCCGGGUACCGGUGGCCUUGCGCCGCCUCCGGAGGACGCCGGCGGGCCGUUCCCUCGCGGCCCGGACGGGCCGUGCCUCGUCGAGGCCUUCGGCAGGAAGCCGCCGAGGCGCGGUGACUUCGCGGCGGCGCCGACUCUGGUCUCGGAGAAGGAGUCUGGCUCGGAAUCCGGCGACGGCACCAGCUUCUUGUCGUCGCCUCUGCCGUCCGUGGCGGGCCCUGGCCCCGAGCUGGCGCCGGUCCUGGGCCGGUACGCGGGGUCCUUCUCGUCGGCGCUGUUGCGGGAGGCUCUGAGCGCCGCGUCCACGCCGCGCUCCGCGGAGGAGUUGGCGCGGAGGCCGAGCGGCGCCGGCGUCCUCGACGGCACGGAGGCGGCGCCCGACGGCGCCCGCGGAACGGCGGAGCCGGCCGAGUUGGCCGAGCGUCUCUCCCUCUCCAUCCUGCGCUGCUCCGUGGAGGAGGCCAAGGCGCGGCUGGUGCGGCGCGAGGGCUCGGAGACGCCGGCGGGGGAGGGCGGCGGCGGCGCCACGGGGACGCGGUCGCCCGCCACUCCGCCCCCGAGCCCCGUGCGGACUCCGGAGCCGUCGCUCGAUCGCGAUGGCCCGCGCCACCCGGGGCUCCGCCCUCCGCCGCGUCCGUCCGGCCGGACGGGGGAAACGACGGGCGGCGGCGACAGGAAGGUGAUGCGGAGGCUGAGCAAGGAUCUGAAGCGGGAGCUGUCCAAGUGCUUCCAGCCCACGGUGCCGCCCCCCACGCCCCGCGCCAUGACGGCCGCCGAGCUGUCGGGCAUGGGCCGCGACGCCGAGGAGAAGGCCGAGUUCGUGCUGCGCGUCGUGCGCUCCCUGUCAGAGGCCGGGGCCAGCAGCGAGGACGAGGCCGAGGGGGAGGGCACGCCCGUCCACCGCGACGUGCGGGCGUACUCGAGCCAGCUCGCCGGAGACAUCAUCUCGCUGGCGACGGAGCUCGCGUCCAUUUACAUCGACGACACGAAGCCCAAGGACGUGUAUUUCCGCAGGGAGCAGCAGCAGAAGAAGAAGAAAGCGGCGCCGGGCGGUGCCGCCGCCCGGCGCGUGGACGUGCUGUCCCUGGUGAAGGCCCGACUGGAGCGGUCCGCCGAGGCCAUGACGCGCAACAUCCUGCAGUCGUCGCUGGCGGCCGCCAACCGCGGGAGCGCGUGGGCGACCGCGCCGCCGCCGAUCGCCGAGCGCCCGGACAAGCUGGAAGACGCGACGGAGGCCCGGCUCCACGACUGGGCCCUCCGCCUCGCCCUGCCCGGAGGCCGCGCCGCCUGCGGCCUCACCAGCUGGCCCCACUGCCGCUACCGCGAGAAAGCCGGCAGGGUCGAGAGCCUCAAGGUUCACCUCCGGGCCUUCGCCGACGUCUGCGCCGAGGACGUCGUCGCCUCGUCGCUGGCGGCCGCCGCCAAGAGGCCGCGCGGCGGCGGCCGCCUCUGCGGCUGCCUCCGCGCCGCCUGCUGCUCCCGCUGCUGCGGCGCGGGGAAGCGGUCGAGGAGCGACAGCAUCACGGAGGAAUUCUACCUCUUCGUGACCCGAGGGGCAGAGGGCGCCCCCAGGAAGGCCGGGGGAGGCGGCUGCCCCUUGCAUCGCCCGGGCGCUGGCAAGGCCGGCACGGCCGCAUCGUCGGCGCUCGGCCGCUUCGCCGAGCGGGUGGCGAGCGACGUGCUGGCGUCGGUCCGCGCCGCGGGGGUUGCCGGCGGGCCGAGCGCGUCCCGCCACCCGGCGCCGUCUCCCCGCGUGGAGCUGUACGCCGCGAGGCUCGUCAACGUGGCGCUGUGGCAGGGCAAGUGGGAGGUGAUCCGCCGGCGCGGCCCGCCGCCGCUGCCCUCGCCGCAGAUGAGGUCCACGCCCCGGGCGGGCGGGUGGCCCCGCGCGUCGGGCGCGCGGGGCCGGGGACCGCCGCUCAUCCGCGUGGAGGCCGAGGCGGGGUCGGCGGGGAGGCUGGAGGCGGAGGGGAAGGGGAGGGGUGAGGGGGAGGACGGGGGGAAGAGGGCGGCGAGCGACGCGACUGCCGUGGGCGAGAGCGCCACGUCGGACAGCGGCAUCGUCAGCAGCUUCGCGGGCAGCAGUGCGCCCCUGCUGACCCGCAAUGCACGCUCUGGAGAGAGGAUCUCCACGGACGCGCCGCGCGCAGGAGGAGGAGGAGGAGGGGGCAGCAGCGAGGGCAGCUCGGGCAGCUUGGGCAGCUGGGCCCAGCUGAGCAGCAAGGGGGUGGGCGACGAAAGCAGCAGUUUCCUGCAGCUCAGUGACAGCAAUGGGGCUGGCAGCAGCUGGAGCAGCGUGGCCACAGUGGACGUCGAGGGCUCCGACGAGAGCUUUUCCUUCCCCACCCUCUCCACCAGCGAUCCGCAGGGGGCCCCGGAGAACACUCGGCCCACGGGAGCCUCCGGGACAGCCGUGUGGAAGCAGGACCUGCUGGUGCACACCGUGUGGCCACGCUGCUCGGGCCUCCGGGCCGAGGAGGCCGUGCUGGUGCUGUGGGCCGUCGCGUCCGCCCGCGGCGUCGCCCGCUUGCGCGUCACCGAGUCUCAGCUGCCAGAUCCGCAGCAGCUGCAGGCCCUGGUGCGAGCCGCCCGGCGCCGCCUGUGGACCGUGGGGGACCUGGUCCGCUCCCUGAGCCGGCAGCGCGAGGCGGCGGACGCGGAGGAGGAAGAGGAGGAGGGGAAGGGGGAGGAGGGGGUGGUGGUGGUGGAGCCCACCGGCGACCCGGAGCACCACGCCUCCCUCUUCCAGCGGCUGCUGGGCCUCACCUAGCAGCCCGAGGGGGGGGGGGGGGAUCGUCGUCCCUCCCUCCCUCUCCCAUGCCCCCCCCGUCACCUCCCCCCCCCCCCCUGUCCCGUCACGCACCCCGCUCUGGCUGGGACCCCACCUGGUCAAGGUGGCACACGCGGCGGGG